AUCUGCUACAUCCAUUGAUUGUCCAUGAACGACUUCUCUUCUGGUCCGAAGGAUAAUUACGUUGCAAUGGUAUUCAGGUGCAUCAUUUCGUGCAUAACUAUGGUAUACGGAACAGCUGUCGUUGAGUAUGAGGUCAAGUCGUCGACCCUUGUGGUAUCUCCGAUUCAGCUAUGGUCAAGGUUCACCGGAGUUGCUCAACUGGAUCCUAGCCUACUUUCCGUGCUACUCCCGAGCACUAGCUUGCUCGCACAUUAUACUCUUGCGAGUACGCUAUCCACGCACGAAUUUGUAGCCGGAUUUACAGAGGCAGAACCCGUAACUGUAUACAAAGCACUCAACUGA